GACGUAGAGCGGGAGGGCCCGGCAGCAGCGGAGGUAACGGCUGUGACGGCCGCCGCGGUGGGGGUGUGCGAGCGCUCUGCUCUCGGGCGCUGGGCCUGCGGGGCUCUCCGCGGCCUCGUCCCUUGUGCUCUGCGCAGCUAGGAGUUGCUGCGACUCGCGUGGUGCUCUGGCGGUGAAACCCGGAGCGAAGGACCGAAUGAAGUGUUUGUCGAACAGUGUUUGCGGCCAUCUUAGAUGGCAUCAUCAGACUCGGUCACUACUUGUCUUUCUCCAGCUGUGCAUUAUGUGAUUUGCGAACUUGGAUUUGAGAAAAAAGACAUCUAUGAUAUUAAUAAUAUUGUGUCUGAAAAUGGACAAGUAUGUUGGCAAGCUAUUACAGAGCAUGUGUGUUAUCUUGAAUCAGAUCAAAGUGUGGAUUAUAUCAAAAGCAUUCGAGCACUUGGACCUGUAUGUGAAUCUGUUAAUUUGCAUUUCAAAUCUCUGACCAAGGAGAAAUUUGCAGUUCAGUAUGCAUUAUGGUUCCACUGGACAAACUACGCAGAGUUAUUUCUUGAAGUGUUUGAUGUUCUACAGUAUGCCCAAUCUACAGAAGUUGCUCUUGGGUUAAUGAAACUAACAUCGUGCUUGGAGAGAGCUUUGGGUGAUGUACAUUUACUGAUUGGUAAAGAUUGUCCCUUCCUUCUAAGAGAUUUGCUUGCUUCUGAGCAGCUUGCAGUUGUUUUUGGACAAGUUGUAAUGGAUGUACUGAGGAUAUUCGUUGGAUCACCAUGUGGUCUGAAUCUUCGUAACGUUUUAUGGCAUGGGUUUGCAUCCCCACAAGAAAUUCCUGCGAAAUAUUGUGCUAUGCUGCUUUUUUUAACUGCAGGACUGGGUCAGUUGUUACAGACAUAUCUUCUGCAAACUAAAUAUGUUUUAGUACAUCGACCUUAUGUGACCUUCAUUAGAUUAGAGGAUCUUGAUGCAUUUCCAGAUCUUAACCAUGAAACACUUUCUGUAGCAGAAGAGCUACUGCAAGUGUCUAACUUUGUACUAAGAACAAUGCUACCAUUUUGGAUGGCUGCUUUAACAGCUUUCAAGCAGAGUAGGUAUGCUGACUGUGUGAUUCUCUUACUUCCUCAGCUGGAAGCUGGACUCAGAUUGCUCUUCACUACAACUAACAAAUGUCCAAAUAGAUUGCUAACAGCUGAGUCUUCUGCUUUCUACACCACUUUUGAUGAGAUGCUAACAAAGUAUUUGGAUAACGAAGAAAUCAAUCAGCUUCCUUCAGUUCUUGAAGAACCUGCUAUGGAAUUUCUUUGGGAUUUCUUGAACCACCAGGAGGGUCCACGCAUAAGGGACCAUUUAAGCCAUGGAGAGAUCAAUCUAAAAGCAUUUCCCAGAGAAAUAGCCAAUCAGUUGAUGGCGUUUGCAAUUACACUACUCCGCAGGUUCUCAAAUGAAGACAUGGUUGCUUUUAAGGAACACCUGAUCAUAAAGCCACUGAUGAACUGUGCAAGUUGCUACCGUUCUCGAUUUCAUCCAAUUUCCAGACUCAAGAAACAGGUGCUAGAGUGUAUGAAGAGCAUUUGCUUAUGGCAUGAAUUACCGUCAGUGUCUGAGGAACAUAUUCAAACAGUUGAAGGGUUGGAAGGAAAUACUGAAGCUAGUACGUUAGUUUUAAAGAUGGCUGAAAUUCACUCUCAGUUGCAGCAGUAUUUGCCCUGUAAUUGCUGUAGUGCAGAUGACCCAAUGAAUACUGUUGCUACAGAGAGGCUGUUGCUAGAACUUUGUGAUAGGCACAUUUGCACACUCUAUUCUCCUCGACCUGUUCUGGAAGUGGUAGUGGUACUCCGUAAAAUAAGCACACAGUGCCAUCAAGUGUCUGAACAAGUAAUUGCCAGCAUUAAGUCGAGAUACCAACAGUGGACAGAAAAGACUCUACGUUCUCGCCAGAGGCAUAACUAUCUACGAAUGCUGAACAGCAUUAAGUUUUUAUCUCCAGUGUUACAGCUCAUCUUAGUGUUGAUUACUCUGGAACUUGUUAACGUCCACUUGGUCUGUAAGAAGAAUCCUUCUGAUUAUCAUCAGUAUCUAAAGUUUUUGAAGUCGGUCUUGCAGUAUACUGAGAACUUGGUGACAUACACAAGCCCUGAGAAAAACAAGUGGGAUGAAACCAUACAGCUUACAAAUAAGGCUUUGUUAAAAAUAAGGAAAUUCAGUGACAGAAAGCUGACAUUAUUACAGUCAGCUACAUAAAUUAAAUACUUUUAAUGUUAUUUGGACAUUGUUAUAUCUUAAAUAGUUUGGAGUCCUCAUGCUUGUCAAGUCUAAGAUGUGAAAGCAAACUUAAUCACUGUAAAAUUUUGGAUGCAAAAGUUAUUAUUUGUAUUAGAAAGCUGCUGACAGCAGAGUUAAGUUCAGGCUUCUGAAGAAUGGGCUGUUUGCCAAAUUCACUGAAAAAGUGUGAAUGUGAACCGAGUCAGGAUGGUGCAACGUUCUACUUUAAGUAUAUAAUGUGUUUUGUAGAUCGGUUUAAAAAAAAAAAAAGAAAGAAAAAAGAAAAAAAAAGUUUUUUAUUACACUGUAAGUAUCUAAGAGUACGAAUAAAUGCUCUGAAAAAUUUUCAAAUUCCAGAAGAUUUUUUUAUGUUGCUGAAAUACACUAUAAAUAGUAUCAAAUAUUGUGAUCAGCAUAUUAAGACACAAUGAAUAGCACAAUAUUUAGCGUUAAGUAGUAUUCCUUGAUAGCUAUGAUUGUUCUUAUUAGAUCAAAAUAGACUCAGAUCACGCACAAUGUUGAUUUUGUUUAAUAGCAUCUACUCGUUCCCAAUACAAAUCUAGUUAGUGAAUGAAUUUCAUGUAGAUGGAAUACGAGUACUAAGAUACAUACUGAUGGACACACAUUUAUUGUGGUACGAAAAAUUAUCCUCUUGUUGGACACAAGAUUCCUUAGGUUUUUAUGUUUUUUUUUCCAAAAUAUGUUCCUGCCACUUUCUAAUCCUCAAAGAAUAGAAUUUCAAAGAAAUGCAUCAAUUUAAGAACAGAUUCACCAGAGACGUCCUGUCUCUAUUUCUUCCUACUAUGGAGAGUAAGACCAGAGGAUAAUAUCUGGAGAUUAUUUGGGUAUACAAAGGAUUGGAGAUUCAAAUCACAUUUCAGUAAGAUUCUUUGCAAUGUUUCUUGACUGGAAAUCAUAAGGAGAAAAAUUGUUAGUUUGAUUUAUUUGGUGUGGAGGGUAGAUCUAAGCUGAGAUCGUAUUGCUUCCUUUAUGCUACCCUUGCAACAUACUGUUGUUGUUUUUUUAGUUUAAUUAUGUCAGUUUCCAUGGUUUUUUUGUCACUAUAGAACUAAGUCAUAUGAAGAAGUGAGAACUAGAGAGAAGUAGAAUUAAAAGUAGGCAUAAUUAAUCUAAUACAGUCUUUGACACACAGUCUGAAAUUUCAGCUUUUUUUUUUAACAGCUGAAGUGAAAAGUCUUAUUAUGUUUUUGAAGGCGUAUUUUCUAUCCGUUGACUUUGCUCAGAAGUGUUAACUCCUGAAGUGUUAAAUGUCACUAUGAAGCUGCACUUACGACACUUGCUUUGUUGAUGAUAAGUGUUAUAUGGCAAAAAUUUACAAAAGCUUUAUAUAUUUACUGUAGGAAAGAGGUUAAUAAAUUAAAACUAAUUGCAUUUCAUAAGUACAUAAAUAGAUAACACACUUUCAUAGAAUCACCAAGGUUGGAAAAGACCUCUAAGAUCACCCAAUCCAACCAUCUGCCUAUCACCAAUAUUUCCCUCUAAACCCUGUACUGUCCUUCAGUACAACAUCUAAAUGUUUCUUGAACACCUCCAGGAACGGUGACUCCAUCACCUCCCUGGGCUGCCCAUUCCAGCACCUGAACACUUUCUUGGAGAAGUAUUUCCUAAUGUCCUCUGAACCUUCUGCUUUACUGAGAGCAGAAGAGAUUUGGAAUAACCAAAGACAUAGCAGAUGUGUGCAGAAGUAAAGCUGACAAAACAUGUUUAAA